AUGCAGCCAUGGCUCUGGCUAGUCUUCGGUGUGAAGCUGGCAGCUCUCUGGAGCAGCUCUGCCCUCCUUCAGACCCCUAGGUCCUUGACAGUUCUAACUAAUCAAGUGGCAAAAGUGUCCUGCGAAGCUAAAACCCUCCCUAAGACCACACUCAUCUACUGGCUGAGACAGCGCCGGGGACCCACCAAGGACAAGCACUUUGAGUUCCUGGCCUCCUGGAAUCCUUCCAAAGGAGUUGCUACACCCGGUGAAGGGGUGAAGAAGGAGAGUAUAAAUGUGUUUUCGGAUAUAACCCGGUACAUCCUCAAUCUCACGAGUGUGAAGCUGGAAGACAGUGGCACCUACUUCUGUAUGAUGGUCGGGAGCCCUCAGCUGAUCUUUGGGUCAGGGACGGAGCUGAGUGUGGUUGAUGCCCUUUCUACAACCGCCCAGACCACCAAGAAGACUGUCAUCAAGAAGAAACAGUGCCCAGUCCCCAACCCAAAGGCCCAGAAGGGCCUGACCUGUGGCCUCAUUACCCUCAGCCUGCUGGUGGCCUCCCUCCUGGUUCUGCUGGUGUCCCUGGGUGUGGCCGUCCACCUUCACUGCCUUAGAAGGAAAGCCCGAAUUCACUUCAUGAAACAGUAA